GUGCAUGUGCAUUGGAUCUGUGUUACAGUGGUUCUUUCCUGUUUGAUGCUUGAAUUUGAGGGGUGUACUGACAUUCCGUAUUCUUUUAAUAGUGCAAGGGGUUAGUCCUUAGCUAAUCUUGAGGGUAUACCUCUCGCUGAAUGUAUUAAAGGGCACUGGAUAUAUAUGUAAGAAGAAGGAUGGCAGCCUUUCUGGCAAAGAGCCUUUCUCAAAGAUGCUCUCUAGUUCUGCAAAGAGAGAAAUUAUUGCAUUGUCAUCAUUUCUGUGUGACCAGAAGCAGCAGUGCCUGGCAAAAGACAUUGCCAGAAUCAUUUUCAAAACAGAAAUUUGAUUCAUGUACUAUAAGAAGACAUGUCUCACAGCAAGGAAGAAGGAAAAGAAUGUCAGAAUAUGAUAGGCCUACCUUUAAAGUGGAAAAUGAUGCACUUCUGUACACAAGUGAUCCUAGCACAAAAAGACUCUCCAGGGGAGCAACAUUAGCUUUUGCAGUGGGAGCAUUGUCAUUUUUUGAUCUGGCUUAUGGUUUAUUAUAUCCAGUGAAUCAUCCAGAUGACUUCAAGGAAGUUGAAAUUAAGGAUACUUUUUUAAAUAGAACAGCAAAGAAAGUAGCAAAAUAUGAAAAAUAUCUAGUAGGCAUAUUCAUUACAUGUGGGUUCAUUUGUUCCAUAGUUUCCUUCAAUCUCUCCCGGAAGGUUGUACACAUGAUAAUACUAAAGAGUGGAGGAGAAUACGUAGAACUAUAUACAUCCACAUUAUUUGGAAGACUCAGGAAAACUGAGAUACUACUAGAAAACAUGGCUGGCGUAAAACACAGAGUCGGCAGUGGUAGACUGUUAAGAUUACGAGUCAGAGGCCGGAGAUACCCUGUUUAUAUGUUAGAUGGGAAAUACCAUGAACCUGAGCUGUUUGAUAAUCUUGUCAAUGUUCACAGACUUUUUUGAGCCAACAUUGGGCUUUUUUGAGAUGUGCUGACCCUUUUUUUUUACAGAAAACACUACUGAGUUGCUUAUUUGAUAGAAAUCCCAACAUAUCAAUAAAAACAUUGAACAAGUUUCCUUUCCAUAUACUUCUGGAGUAACAAACAGAUAAUAUUUAUACUCUGUUGCUGUUGUAGGUAUGGGCUUAUAUUUUCUUUAAAAUGUGUAAUAAAGUAUUUGAAACAUG